AUGUGGCCAAAAGCACAUCUCGUGUCGAGUGCAUUGUGGUACAAAUUCAGAAAAAAUGACCUGGUUGGAAAUUUGACAUUCGCCAAGAGAUUUGGAGAGGGCACUGUUGUUCCACUUGUUCUUGACUGGUCAAUUAGCGACGGGAGAUGCCCACCGGUGCCGCAGGGUGUUGACAAGGCAAAUAUUGAUCCCAACGGCGCAUGUGUUAGCACCCAGAGCUACUGCGUUAAUGCUAGCAACAGCGCGACGGGCUAUUUCUGCAACUGCUUCGAGGGAUACACCGGCAAUCCAUACAUAAAAAAUGGAUGCAAGAAUAUUAAUGAGUGCUUAAAUAAGAACAUGUAUCCUUGUCAUGGAGGGAGAUGCCACGAUUUAGAAGGUGAUUACGAGUGUAAAUGCAAUUUUGGACGACGGGAUGACGGUAACAAGGGGUGUGAACCCGUAUUGUCCAAGGCUGCAGUAGCAGUUAUAGGAACAAUCAUUGGCAUUGCAUUACUCGUGGUGCUACUCAUAUUCUUACUCAUGGAGCGAGAGAAAAGAAAGCUGAGAGAUAGGUUCAACAAGAACGGCGGACAACUAGUCAAAAGCAUCAAGAUCGAGAUCUUCACCAAGGCAAAGAUCAGAUACAUGACAAACAACUAUACUUCUAUCAUCGGCCAAGGCGCUUUUGGGACAGUCUACAAGGGAACCACCAGCUCCGGUGAGAACGCAGGUGUUGCCGUGAAGAAGUCCACCGCUAUCAAGCAUGACUGGCAGAAGGAGUCCUUCGCGAACGAGAUCAGGAUCCAGUCCCAGAUCAGCCAUCGGAACCUAGUCCAGCUUAUAGGCUGCUGCCUGGAGACAGACGUUCCUAUGUUGGUGUACGAGUUUGUUCCUAGGGGAAGCCUCUAUGACGUGCUCCAUCUCAAGAACGACCCUCUUCCCCUCGAGACACGCCUCGACAUUGCCAUCUACUCCGCGGUUGCCCUCGCAUACAUGCACACGGAGGCGAGCCAGAGUAUGGCCAUCGUUCAUGGCGAUGUGAAGUCAGCUAACAUCCUCCUCGAUGACAGGUUUAUGCCAAAGGUGUCAGACUUUGGCACGUCGAGGCUCAUGUCCAUGGACAAGGACCAUCACACCAACUUGGUGAUCGGGGACCCGGGCUACAUUGACCCCGUGUACGUGAAAACCGGGCUGCUCACCAAGAAGAGCGAUGUGUAUAGUUUCAGUAUCAUCCUGCUGGAGCUCGUUACCCGUAAGGAGGCGAUUUACAAUGGAAAUCAAAGCCUUCCCAUGGAUUAUAUCAAGGCUUCCAUGGAAGGGACAGCGAGGCAGAUGUUUGAUAAAGACAUUGUGGCAAAUAGCGAGGAGCAUAUGGAGUGCCUCGAGGAGGUUGGCAAGAUCGCGCUGCAGUGUCUCAAUGAGAACAACGUGAAUGACAGGCCCACCAUGGGUGAAGUCGUGGACAGACUUAAAGCGUGUAAGAGCCAGUGGUUGGAAUGUCAUUGGAAGAAAAAUGAGGUGAUGUAAUAUUGUACAUAGGUAGUUGGUGGCCUUAUGCGAUCGAGGGCAUCACCUUUUAUAAGAUGAGAGUUUAAGAAUACGGAUUUGCUAAUUCUUGUCUAGACGAGAUUUAGUUAUGUCACAUCUAUGUUCUCCACCACUCAAUUAAGGUGCUGUAAUUUUCAUCCAAAUUGUUGAUCGCUCUUUUUUUUUGCGGCUGAAAUGAGCUGGCAUUAAUUAA